AAAUAUAUCCUGCGGUCUCGCUCAGUAUGGUUCACGCGGUUUGAACCAUCGGAUCUCGAGCAUGUUGUCGUGUUAUCUUGACGGCCAUAGCUCCACAGAUCUAGCAGGUCACUGAAAGUCGCCAAGUUCGUAUCACAAGCGCGGUCCGAUAGCGGGUGGUUCAGCGGGCUUCAAUUUUGAGAAACGACGACUUCGGCAACGAGCGCGAUCGUUGAUCACUGGGACUGGCUCGAGACUGGAGCCGACAAGCUUUCAUUGUGGACUGGACCGUGGACGAGACCGGAUCGGUCGCGGCGCGCUCUUCCGACUUGGCUUAUCAAGCUUCAACGACGCGUCUUGUGCGUUGUUCGUGCGAACCUUUUGCACCACAAUAUCAACUCGGACAAGAGCGACGACUGAAUUCGGAUUUCGGACCGCUACCUUUGCUUCCCUUCCAUCCAAAUUGGAAUAAUGCCUACCUGUUUGAACCGUGUCUUCUUCUCCCUCGCUCUCAAUUCGCCCUGCCGUGACGAAUCAAGUCUAUCAUGGAGGAUGCGCCGGCCACCACGAGUCAGCAACCGAACGCACAGCCAGACGCGCAAGAUGAACGGCCAAAAUAUCCUCUGCGAAUGCACAUCCGCCAACUUCUACUCAAAUACGCGUCAAUACAUUAUACUGCGGACAGGGCACAACUCACAGAAAAUGCGUUUGCUAAUCUCUCGCAAAACCAUCUGCAUCCGACUCUCGAGACAGACCCAUCUUUUUAUAAUCCUCCAAAUGAACCUUUCAAAGUUCUCAGAAAAAUCUUCAAACUCGAUUCACUUCCUCCUUUUGAGUCGAAAUCUCAGUCGACGCCUACCAGCGUGCAGCUACUCAAGAAGUUUUUCAAGGUCAGAGCUGUCGGCAGGAAGCUAUCGAGGUCAGAACGCGUCACGUAUGAAGAUCCUGAAUACGAGACACCGCCAUCACCCAUUUUUGCAUCUUUCACUCCCAUGUCGACGAAGCGAGCGAUGCGAGCGAUGCCGCGCUUUGGAAGCAGCAAAUUGAACAAUCCCUACAAGAUGGCGACGUUGCCCGACAUAUGGACUGAGGCGAUUAAACCUGUCAAUGUCAAGACUUUGCCAGAGCCACGAUUGAACCAAAACGAGAUAAUUUGUGCACCUGGGGCUGCGAAGAGCUUGUGCUCACGAGUCGGUAUCAGCGAUAUGCAAUCGCGAUUAAGACCCUACGAAAGGGGACCACUCAACAGGCUCCUGCAAUCGGUGUUUACUUGUCUUCUCAAGAGCGACAGUCACCUGUAUCUCGGAUUUCUCAGCCGGCCCGGCUUUCCUCCGCACGAGAUGGAACGAGCGAGACCUGCUUUCAUACCCACUCUCUCCCAAAAAGAGCAGCCUGAGAAAGGCAAUGAUACCCUGCUUCCUGCAAGCACUCAAGAAUUACCGUGCAGUAUCCAGAAACCGGUCAAGAUCGGGCAAGACGAGCCAGAACUGCAUGCGCAUCACAUGAAGGUUGUCGAUGGAUGGCUCACCUUCCACUCCUCUCCGACUACCAGUCCAAGCCCAGCCUCGACGCAAGCAGAGGUCGAUGAAUUGGAGCCGUUAUCUCCCGAGACAACCCCACCUCCGACGAUGCCGUCACAGACAAGGGAAUUGCAGAUCUUACCUCCAUCGCAGCGGCGGGUUCGUGUGGAAUCUGAGCUACUGGGUACCGAGGACAGUCACAGUUUGGGAGCUGUUUCUCCCCCAAUCGUCGCACGCAGCGAAGUCUGGGAGAGCAAGGCGCUGUUGGAAAAUCUUGGCACCAAUAUCGGCCCGGCGUACGAGAAGAAUGAAGGACAUGCGAAGGAUUUGUUGUCCCUGUCAAAGUUGGGUCCCGAUCCCGCGAAACAAUUUCCCGAGGAUGUGCCUGAUCUACCACUGCCGAAUGUGACCGUUCCCGAUGAAGCAUCCAUUAAGCCCACGUCUCUCAACGAUUUCCUCGCGCCUCUGAAAGGGAAGGGGCCGACUGUCACGACAUGCCUAUCCAAACUUCGAAAAACGUUCAUUGCAAACCCCAAGCAAUCAGGUUGUGCGACACAAUUUGCCGACGACAACGAAAUCUCUGACCUGAUACCAAACGUCGCAGAGCUCACAGCCGAAACGCAGCGCAGGGAUGCUGUUGAUGGAGAAAGCUGGAUCAGGAAAUAUCAGACCUCUGACGGCAAAAUUCCAGGAAUUCUUUCAGUUGCACCGUUUGAGACGCCAUGGUCGAGGAAAGAGCGUCGAACAACAGCUGAGCUGGAAGAUAUGAAUAUGCCGGCUCAGCAGAAUGCAGAGGUUGCUGAGAGCACGCGUUACCCUGCCGAUGAAUACUUCGAAGAUUCGGGUUCGAGUCGCCAUUUACUUCAAGCUGGGCGACAAGCAUAUGACUUGGAGGGUCAAUCUACCGCAUCUUUCCCUAACGACGAAGAGUUGACUUCAGGCGAUUCCGCAUUGCAUAUCCCGUCAGAUGAAAUCUACGCUGGAACGUUUCGGCCUCAUCCUGGCGCUCUUCUGAGCGACAGUGUCGUUAGAGAAGGCACUGCGUCUGAACCUGAAAUUGCCUCGCGUGCUCUGGGCAUCACCGAAUUCGCACGAUUGCGCUCAAAGAAGAUUAGCGCUGCACCAGCUCCAGCCCCCGCCUCGAUUUCCAAGCCGACACCGCACCAAUCAACUUCCCAUACGCCUGUUAAUGUCACCCCUGAUUCUGUAUAUGACAGAAACACACUGCGCUUAUCUUCAGACAGCUGGGAACCACCGUCGACACUACACCAUUACAUGGUUUCGAUGGAGCUUGUUCAGAAACAAGGGCUGAUAUCUUGCAUGCAAUCUCAGAUAUGUCAUAUCGAAUUCGUUGAGCGAGAGUCUCUCGGAGGGGUCGAUGUGAUUCUGGACACCCAAUCGGCCGUUUUGUUCACCAAUCUUCUCGUCUUGCCAUCCACAGGAGGGGAUCUUGGCCAUCUCAUCUCGCGACAAUCGUGGCGAUACAGGCACAUCCUGGUCGUCUUCGAAGCCUAUCCUGCAGCUUAUUCAACCCACUCCAAAUCCGCCCAAUCUACUUCCGAGUUAUUCGCAUACACCGAUCCGGUAUUGAAGGCGCUUCAGAAGCUUAGGCGCUGGCUUUCCAUCGCUGGCAGCACCGGCCAGAGAUGCCCGUCUUCCUCCAUUGUCUUUGCAUUUGCGGACACCGUCGAGCAAUCAGCGAUGUUCACUCGACAUUUUGGAAAUUUGGCCGAAGCGCGCGAUGAAUCUGGGGGCAUGCUUUGGGGAGAUCGUGUUUGGCUUGAUGACGAGUCGCCCGAGGGAGAGUCAGAUCUUGCAUCUGCCGAGGGGAUGAACCACUUUGCCGCCUAUGUGAUUCUAUGCCAGAUGGAUCUACAACAAUUUCUGGAUCUCAGCCCGGAGGACCGGCUGCAGAAAUUGAGCUGGUCGAUUGGAAAGGAUCGUAUGGUCCGCCUGAACGAAAUCAUUCAACAACGACGGCAAGCCAUGCUUCCUAGUUCCGAUACAAGCAUUUUGGACGAAUAGAUACUGGAAUGUUCACCAUCUUGUCUCGCAUCUGUAUACCAAUGCACAUCUUGUC